UAUGGAGAUAGGGUCACUGCAGAUCAGAUUACUUAUCUUUAGAUAAGGUCACAUGGGCAUAGGGUGGACCCCUGAUUACACACAACUGUGUCCUUAUGAGAAGGGAAAAUCUGGACACACACAUACACACACACACAGGGAGAACGUCAUAAGAAGAUGAGGGCAGAGAUCGGGUGAUGCUUCUACAAGACAAGGGACGCCAAGGACAGCCAGCAGCCACGUGUGUUGAGGCCUGGAACAUGCCCUUCCUGCUCAGCCUCAGGAGAAGCCUGCCCUGCCCACACCUUCAUCUCAGACUUCUAGUCUCCAGAAUUGAGACCAAUUUCUGUUGCUUAAGCCACCCAGUGUAGGGUACUUUGUUAGAGCAGACGUUGGGGCUCAGAAGCCAAUACCCCAAAAUAUGGUGCUUUGUUCAAGCUGAACUGAAGAGGAGCUUCAAGACCUCUCGGCUCCACCACCCCCACCAUCUCUCCUGGAGUUCCUUAAGUGUCCUUAACUCCUUCAAGUCUGACCCACCAAAGAAGAAAGGAAUGACCUCUAGUCCCUUCCCUGAGUUUUCGUUAACUGAACCUAUAUCUCAGGAAGGAAGGCUGACACCAAACACGCCGGACAGACUUGUCAAGACCAUUGUCUGCUCUGGGGUCCAGCAGACUUGACCGAAGACCGUGGCGUGCUCUUCAAACCCACCUAAUCCUCCCUCGUGAGCACUGAUUGCCCUCAGCUGAAGUCCUCUUUUCUCCUCGCAUAACCUGUUGCCCCAGGAUCUAAGCCGCUACUCCUCGUGGAACCUCAAGAGGGUGUCUCAGCUUCCCAACCCCACUGGGGAUUGGUCCUUCAUUCUGAAGGCUCCCAUGUCACAUAAAACUAGGAUCAAAUCAAUCUGUAUGCCUUUUCUCCAAUUCAACUGCCUUUUGCAAGUUGAUUUUGCAGCGAACCUUCAGAGAGCGGGGAAAACUCUCCCCUCGGCCCCUACACAGCCCUAGGAAGCUAAUCCUCGGCCUGACAUUCCAUCACAAGGACCCACAGCCACAGCGUGUGGGGGCCCGUCACGUGAGGGGGCUGUGCCACUGGCUCAGAUCUGCCUGCUGGCCAGGGCCCUACUCCCUCUCAGAGAUGACACACACGUGCCCCCAAAGGAGAACCCGGGGAGUCACAGGCCGGGCCAGGCUGCUGGCUUCCAGUAACAUCACAUGACUUUGGGGCCACUGCCUCAUCCCGUAUCUGCGCAUAUGAGAUGCAUUGUCUCUUCCUCUGCAGUUGAGCUGAAUGAAUACCUCCGAAGCUGCUUUGUUCUCCAGAUGUGAAUAGCUCCACUAUACCAGCCUUGUCUUCCUUCUGGGGGACAACGUGUGGGUCAGGGCACAGAGAGAUAUUUAAUGUCACCGUCUCGGGGCUUUGAUGGGACUCCCUCUGCCACAUUUUUUGGAGGUUAUGAAAGUUGCUAGAGGCUUCAGAACUCCAGCCUAAUGGAUCCCAAACUCGGGAGAAUGAUGCUGAAGGAGUGGGUGGCCAUCGAGAGCGACUCUGUGCAGCCUGUGCCUCGCUUCAGACAAGAGCUCUUCAGAAUGAUGGCCAUGGCUGCGGACACGCUGCAGCGCCUGGGGGCCCGUGUGGCCUCGGUGGACAUGGGUCCUCAGCAGCUGCCCAAUGGUCAGAGUCUUCCAAUACCUCCCGUCAUCCUGGCUGAACUGGGGAGCGAUCCCACGAAAGGCACCGUGUGCUUCUACGGCCACUUGGACGUGCAGCCUGCUGACCGGGGUGAUGGGUGGCUCACAGACCCCUACGUGCUGACGGAGGUGGAGGGGAAACUUUAUGGACGAGGAGCGACCGACAACAAAGGCCCUGUCUUGGCUUGGAUCAAUGCUGUGAGCGCCUUCAGAGCCCUGGAGCAAGAUCUUCCUGUGAAUAUCAAAUUCAUCAUUGAGGGGAUGGAAGAGGCUGGCUCUGUUGCCCUGGAGGAACUUGUGGAAAAAGAAAAGGACCGAUUCUUCUCUGGUGUGGACUACAUUGUAAUUUCAGAUAACCUGUGGAUCAGCCAAAGGAAGCCAGCAAUCACUUAUGGAACCCGGGGGAACAGCUACUUCACGGUGGAGGUGAAAUGCAGAGACCAGGAUUUUCACUCAGGAACCUUUGGUGGCAUCCUUCAUGAACCAAUGGCUGAUCUGGUUGCUCUUCUAGGUAGCCUGGUAGACUCGUCUGGUCAUAUCCUGGUCCCUGGAAUCUAUGAUGAAGUGGCUCCUCUUACAGAAGAGGAAAUAAAUACAUACAAAGCCAUCCAUCUAGACCUAGAAGAAUACUGGAAUAGCAGCCGGGUUGAGAAAUUUCUGUUCGAUACUAAGGAGGAAAUUCUAAUGCACCUCUGGAGGUACCCAUCUCUUUCUAUUCAUGGGAUCGAGGGCGCGUUUGAUGAGCCUGGAGCUAAAACAGUCAUACCUGGCCGAGUUAUAGGAAAAUUUUCAAUCCGUCUAGUCCCUCACAUGAAUGUAUCCGUGGUGGAAAAACAGGUGACACGGCAUCUUGAAGAUGUGUUCUCCAAAAGAAAUAGUUCCAACAAGAUGGUUGUUUCCAUGACUCUAGGACUACACCCGUGGAUUGCAAAUAUUAAUGACACCCAGUAUCUUGCAGCAAAAAGAGCGAUCAGAACAGUGUUUGGAACAGAACCAGAUAUGAUCCGGGAUGGAUCCACCAUUCCAAUUGCCAAAAUGUUCCAGGAGAUCGUCCACAAGAGCGUGGUGCUAAUUCCGCUGGGAGCUGUUGAUGAUGGAGAACACUCGCAGAAUGAGAAAAUCAACAGGUGGAACUACAUAGAGGGAACCAAAUUAUUUGCUGCCUUUUUCUUAGAGAUGGCCCAGCUGCAUUAAUCACAAGAACCUUCUAGUCUGAUCUGAUCCACUGACAGAUUCACCUCCCCCACAUCCCUAGACAGGGACGGAAUCUAAAUAUCCAGAGAAUUUGGGUCUAGUAUAGUACAUUUUCCCUUCCAUUUAAAAUGUCUUGGGAUAUCUGGAUCAAUAAUAAAAUAUUUCAAAGGCACAGAUGUUGGAAAUGGUUUAAGGUCUCCCACUGCACACCUUCCUCAAGUCAUAGCUACUUGCAGCAACUUGAUUUCCCCAAGUCCUGUGCAAUAGCCCCAGGAUUAGAUUCCUUCUAACCUUUUAGCAUGUCUCUGACCUUGCAAUUUGAUUGGCAUAAUCUCUAAGGUUUGCUUUCUAGGUCCUCAAGUGCUCGUGACACAUAAUCAUUCCAUCCAAUGAUCGCCUUUGCUUUACACUCUUUCCUUUUAUCUUAUUAAUAAAAAUGUUGGUCUCCACCACUGACUACAAUGAUUUCCCCGUGGAUUCAUUUUCAGAGGAGUUACUAAAGCAUGGUACUAUAUUAACCUCUUGCCUCCCCUUCAUUUAUUUUUUCCCACUUCUUGAAAAUUCCAAAGCUGAAAUGAUCAAUAUUCAUACCCGUAUGCCAUUUGGGAGUCCUUGUGCAAAGAUGAGUAUUUUUUUUUUUUAUUCCAAGCUUCUUUACCUUUCCUGAGAUUGAUGCCACCUUGUCAGCUUCUCUGCCUCCCGUUCCUUCUUCCUGUCCCAUCAGAAAAGGCCCACUGUCUCUCUAUCCAACAUCUGUGCACAUGUUGCACCAUAGCAGAAUUAAUCCUGAUAGAAUUUCUCUCACCCCAUUGAAAUUUUACUCAAUGACAACAUCUAAAUUGCUCAAAGCUUUUAAUAGCAUCAGUUUUAGAUAGAGAACUAAUCAACUCUGACAUCAGUAACACAUGCUAAAUUUAAAGCCAUCAGCUAAUGCUGCAUUCAUUAAUCAUUUUAGUUAACCAUCUUGUUUGGCUUGAUUGGAUUUGAUGGUAUAAACAACAAAAAAAAGACAGUCAUUUUUCUACAGUUGAGUGUAUAUAAACAAAUUCAAUCUUUAUGAAUUUAUUAUUUAAAUCACAUUAAUGGAGAAUAAUUUAGGGGCUUAUUAAAAUUUUUUCUAUUAUGACUCCAAAUAAAAACAAAGCAGAAGGCCAGGCGCGGUGGCUCAUGCCUGUAAUCCCAGCACUUUGGGAGGCGGAGGUGGGCGGAUCACCUGAGGUCGGGAGUUCGAGAUCAGCCUGGCUAACAUGGUGAAACCCUGUCUCUACUAAAUAUACAAAAUUAACUGGGCAUGGUGGCCCAUGCCUGUAGUCCCAGCUACUCGGGAGGCUGAGGCAGGAGAAUCGCUUGAACCCAGGAGGCGGAGGUUGCAGUGAACUGGGAUCAUGCCACUGCACUCCAUCCUGGGUGACAGAGUGAGACUCUGUCUCCAAAAAAAAAAAAAAAAAAAAAAAAACAGAA